GGGAAGUGGAGCUUCAUUUGAAGUCCAUGGCUUUGACUUGGGUUCCUUGGUAACUGUUUCAAGAGGAGAGACUGGGCUUAAACUUAAGCUUCUCAUUAAGCUAUCGUGAUUUUCGCAGAAACACCCUAAAUGGGUGGCCGAAGCUACGGAUCGAGGCAGCUCCCAGGGAUCAUUUAAUAAUGGCUUUGAACCAUGUGAUUGUACUGUGAACAGCUUCUAAGUACAUCCCAUUGAAGUUGAACUGCUAGUGCUUCAUAUUAAAUCUCUUUCUCCUACAGCAUCACCAAAUCUGGGGAUUUUCACUGGUGGGUUUGGUUUGGUUUGGUUUUCCCAAUAGCUUCUCGUUUAAACGGUGACAGAUACUCACAUGAUCAGUUCAGCUCAAAUAGUAAGUUCCAUCUAAGACCCAUCUAUAUAUCUUUAGCUAGAUUUUGGGUCUGGGGGAGCUAAGGAAGAUAAGUAUGGAGGAGAAGUGUGAUCAGAAUGAUAAGAUGGAGGAUAUACUGUUGCCGGGGUUUAGAUUUCACCCGACAGAUGAGGAGCUUGUCGGGUUCUAUCUGAAAAGGAAGAUUCAGCAGCGACCUCUGCCUAUCGAGCUAAUUAAGCAAGUGGAUAUCUACAAAUACGAUCCUUGGGAUCUUCCAAAACUGUCAUCUACCGGGGAGAAGGAGUGUUACUUCUACUGCCCCAGGGACCGUAAAUACAGGAACAGUGCGCGGCCAAACCGUGUCACAGAGGCUGGUUUUUGGAAGGCCACUGGAACAGACAGGCCGAUUUACUCAUCCGAUGGCACCAAGUGCAUAGGUUUGAAGAAAUCCCUAGUUUUCUACAGAGGAAAAGCUGCCAAAGGAAUCAAAACAGACUGGAUGAUGCACGAGUUCCGGCUACCUUCCUUAUCUCACCAAUCAUCACCUAAGAAGAGUACUUUUGAUAAGAUCAUCCCUCCAAGUGAUUCGUGGGCAAUCUGUAGGAUAUUCAAGAAAACUAACACCAUGGCACACAGAACUCUUUCUCAUUCAUGGGUAUCUCCAGUUCUUUCUCAUUCAUGGGUAUCUCCGGUAACUGAAACAACCCCGCACGAUGUGUUCACCCAAGGUGUACACUCGGCUUGCUUGAGCUCAGAGUCCAUCUCUUGCACAAGUGAAACUGGAUCAACUUUCCAGUUAUGCAGCAACAACGGCAUGCAUCAGGUCUCUACCGACAGUUUUUCGGCUCCAGACAUCCCCUCAUAUAGACCCAUGAAUCCAACAGUUUAUAAAUCAUCUCCUUUUACCAUUCCAAAUGGAGAUCUUCCGGAUGGUUUCAUGGUUUCACCGGCUGAAAUAUCCGCACCCACCACCAAGAAUACAGUUGAUGUUGCUUCCAUGAUUUUCAAUCCUCUCGGUGGAAAGACAUCCGACAACAUCAACUUCGGAGGAUCACAACAUUUCAAUGGUUUCUGUAUCAGUUCAACAAAGGACAUACAAGGAAGCAUAGGCACCGGAGAGGAUGAAAUAGGCUUUAGGAACAAUCAGUGGGGAAACAUCCGAACCAUUGGCUUGCCUUUCGGUUUGAGUACUCCGAAUCUUCCAGACACAUGGAAGCCCACUCUACCAUGGGAUUCACCCUCCUAUCCUAGUGAGAUGUCCACUACUUAUUCGGAAAGAUGUUAUACUUGAAUGAAUUAAUGCCACGGUUAAGUGGUUUACAUGUCACUGUGGAUUCAGGGAAUAGAGGCUUUGCAUCAGAAACAUAUUUUGCUCUCAGUCUUACUUACUGUGCAGAUUUUCUUUCUCCUACUUGUGCUGAGUUUAUUUAGCUUAUUUGUCAU